AGGUGGCGGGGGGGGUUUGAUUUCCAUCACCCCUAGGGAGAGAGGAUCGGGGACCCGCUGAUCUUCCAGCUCCCCUCACCCAACGUCGUGCACGUUGCAGAGAGGUCUUUCUGUCCUUCAUGAACACGCGUGUGGUGGACAGAUGACUGUCCCCCACCCUGUGCUGUUCUAGGUGCCCUGGACGUGGAGCUGUCCAGUAGGGGGAAGGAUGGAUUCCAAAGAUGACAGCUCACACGUGUGGUCUACAUCUACAGAACAUGAAGAGAAUGCUGCACAGGUGCACUUUGUUCCUGACGCUGGAACUGUGGCUCAGAUUGUCUACACUGAUGACCAGGUUCGUCCACCCCAGCAGGUGGUAUACACGGCAGAUGGUGCCUCCUACGCUUCAGUGGACGGUCCUGAGCAUACGCUGGUGUACAUCCAUCCUGUGGAAGCUGCACAGACUCUGUUUACAGACCCAGGGCAGGUAGCUUAUGUCCAGCAGGAUGCUACAGCUCAGCAGGCCUCAUUACCGGUGCAUAACCAGGUGUUACCUUCAAUUGAGGGUGUGGACGGUUCAGACCCUUUGGCAACACUGCAGAACCCUAUGGGUAGACUGGAGGCCAAAGAGGAAGAGGAUGAGGAUGAGGAUGAAGACACUGAGGAAGAAGAGGAGGAGGAUGGUGAAGACACAGACCUGGAUGACUGGGAACCGGAUCCGCCUCGGCCCUUUGACCCGCAUGACUUAUGGUGUGAAGAGUGUAAUAACGCUCAUUCUUCAGUGUGCCCAAAGCAUGGCCCCUUGCAUCCAAUCCCCAAUCGGCCUGUGCUCACUAGAGCGCGAGCGAGCCUCCCCCUGGUCCUCUACAUCGACAGGUUCCUUGGAGGGGUGUUCUCCAAAAGGCGCAUUCCCAAGCGCACCCAGUUUGGCCCUGUGGAGGGACCCCUUGUCAGGGAGUCCGAACUGAAAGACUGUUACAUUCAUCUGAAGGUUUCUCUUGAGAAAGGGGACAGAAAAGACAGGGAUUUGCAUGAAGACCUGUGGUUUGAGUUGUCUGAUGAGACCCUGUGUAACUGGAUGAUGUUCGUACGUCCAGCCCAGAAUCACCUGGAGCAGAACCUGGUGGCUUACCAAUAUGGCCACCAUGUGUAUUACACAACAAUAAAGAAUGUAGAACCCAAACAGGAACUGAAGGUGUGGUAUGCUGCAUCCUAUGCUGAGUUUGUGAACCAGAAAAUUCAUGACAUUUCUGAGGAAGAAAGGAAAGUUCUUCGCGAGCAGGAGAAGAAUUGGCCCUGCUACGAAUGUAACCGCCGAUUUAUAAGCUCGGAGCAGUUGCAGCAGCAUCUCAAUUCCCAUGAUGAAAAACUGGAUGUGUUUAGCAGAACAAGAGGCAGAGGAAGGGGACGAGGCAAGAGGCGAUUUGGCCCAGGUCGACGGCCAGGGCGCCCUCCAAAAUUUAUCCGCUUGGAAAUAACCAGCGAAAAUGGGGAAAAGUGUGAUGACACGACACAGGACUUGCUACAUUUUUCCACCAAGGAGCAGUUUGAUGAGGCUGAGCCAGCGACUCUGAACGGGCUGGAUCAACCAGAGCAGACUGCUCUCCCCAUCCCACAGCUGCCACAGGACACCCAGCCUUCUCUGGAGCAUGAGCCAGAGACUCACAGCCUGCAUCUGCAGCCCCAGCAUGAGGAGAGCGCGCUGCCUGCCCAGAGCACUCUGACGGCCGAUGACAUGCGCAGAGCCAAGCGUAUCCGAAAUGCAGCUCUUCAGCAUCUGUUUAUCCGGAAGUCCUUCCGGCCUUUUAAGUGUUUGCAAUGUGGGAAGGCCUUCCGUGAAAAGGACAAACUGGACCAACAUUUGCGCUUCCACGGGCGGGAGGGGAACUGCCCGCUGACCUGUGAUCUCUGUAACAAGGGCUUCAUCAGCAGUGCGUCCUUGGAGAGCCACAUGAAGCUCCAUUCAGAUCAGAAGACUUAUUCUUGCAUUUUUUGCCCAGAAUCCUUUGACCGCCUUGAUUUGUUGAAGGAUCAUGUGGCCAUUCAUAUCAAUGAUGGCUGCUUCACCUGCCCAACCUGUAAGAAACGAUUCCCAGAUUUUAUCCAGGUGAAAAAGCACGUGCGAAGCUUCCACUCGGAAAAGAUCUACCAGUGUACAGAGUGCGACAAGGCCUUCUGUCGUCCUGACAAACUGCGUCUCCACAUGCUCCGACAUUCGGACCGCAAAGAUUUCCUGUGUUCCACAUGUGGAAAGCAAUUCAAGCGAAAAGACAAACUACGGGAACAUAUGCAGAGGAUGCAUAAUCCUGAGAGAGAGGCCAAGAAAGCCGACCGCAUCAGCCGCUCCAAGACGUUCAAGCCUCGUAUCACGUCCACGGACUACGACAGCUUCACGUUCAAGUGCCGCCUGUGUAUGAUGGGCUUCCGGAGACGGGGCAUGCUGGUAAAUCACUUAUCAAAGAGGCACCCAGACAUGAAGAUAGAAGAGGUGCCAGAGUUAACUCUGCCCAUCAUAAAACCCAACCGCGAUUACUUUUGUCAGUAUUGUGAUAAGGUUUAUAAAAGUGCCAGCAAGCGAAAAGCCCAUAUUCUGAAGAACCAUCCAGGGGCUGAGCUCCCACCAAGCAUUCGCAAACUCCGUCCAGCUGGCCCUGGAGAACCAGACCCCAUGCUGAGCACCCACACCCAACUCACUGGCACGAUCGCCACCCCUCCUGUCUGCUGCCCUCACUGCUCCAAACAGUACAGCAGCAAGACCAAGAUGGUACAACACAUUCGAAAGAAGCAUCCAGAGUAUGCCCAGCUCCCUAACACCUUACAUACACCACUGACAACAGCCGUGAUCAGUGCUACCCCAGCUGUGUUAACCACAGACAGUGCCACUGGAGAGACCGUGGUGACAACAGACCUCCUGACCCAAGCCAUGACAGAGCUGUCCCAGACGUUAACAACAGAUUACCGGACACCGCAAGGGGACUACCAGAGAAUUCAGUAUAUUCCUGUGUCACAGUCUACAUCUGGUCUUCAGCAACCGCAGCAUAUACAGCUGCAGGUGGUGCAAGUAGCUCCGGCCACAUCCCCUCACCAGUCUCAGCAGUCCACCGUGGACGUUGGCCAGCUCCACGAUCCUCAGACCUACGCCCAGCAUGCCAUCCAGGUGCAGCACAUCCAAGUCACAGAGCCCACUGCCCCUGCUUCGUCGUCAUCCCAGGUAUCUGGGCAGCCCUUGAGCCCUGCCUCCCAGCAGUCCCAGCAAGGGCUCAGUCCCUCCCAUAUACAAGGCAGUUCCUCCACACCCGGCCAGGCUCUCCAGCAGCAGCAGCAGGGCUCCUCUGUACAACACACCUACCUACCCAACGCUUGGAAUUCUUUCCGUGGCUACUCAUCAGAGAUUCAAAUGAUGACGCUUCCCCCAGGUCAGUUUGUGAUUACAGACAGCAGUGUGGCCACUCCUGUCACCACUGGCCAAGUGAAGGCAGUUACGCCGGGUCAUUAUGUGUUAUCAGAAGGUCAACCAGAAUUGGAGGAAAAACAAGCUUCUGCUCUCUCUGCGGGAGUCCAGGUUCAGCCAGCCACACAUGGUGACUUGGACCCCCAGACCACCAGCCAACAGCAGCCCACACAGUACAUCAUUACAGCCACCACCAACGGGAAUGGGAGCAGUGAAGUGCAUAUCACUAAACCUUAACUUCCACCCUGGAGCUAGAAUCCAACAGUCACACCAUGUCUUUUCUCAUUCAGAAGUCUGAAAGCUUCCAACAGUUGGAACUCUUUUUUAAGAUUUAUCAUUCACUCAAGAAUUUGGCAACCACAGUUUUGACACUGUACACACCCCAGGGCUUCUUUUAUCAAGGUCAUCUUUACCAAAAUGACUCUUCAAACCCUAGGAACUUCUGCCAUGGAAUGGAGACCUUUAAGUGGAAAGUGGAUUUCAAGGUGGAGAGACUUUGCCUUGCUCUUGGGUUGUUUUUUUUUUAAUACAUUGGUGGGCCUUACUUUUCCUUUGUGGAAAUAUUAAGUGGUGUAUCACGUUUGUACCAAAGGUGGAGAAAGGAUGUGCCAAGUUCAUGGCCACUGGACUUCUUAAUUCCGCGCUGUGGCACCAUAGGAGAGGGGCAUUUCAUUAGGUCAGAACUGCUUCAUCUUUUGAGUUUGCAUUUUCAGUAACUUAACAAAGGGAGCCUAUUGAAUAUGAAAAUAAAAAUGAUGAAUAGGUUUGACA